AUGUGCGCGGACGAAGACCCCCUUGCUGUUGAUGAGCAUGCGGCUCAGGACGACACUGAUGCUGACUCCGCCUUUGGAGACGACAAUGCUAGUGAUACUACGUCGCUAAGAUCGAGUAUUUUGAGAUACCGUGAGGAAAAUGGCAGGACUUAUCAUGCUUAUAAGGACGGAGCUUAUGCACUUCCUAAUGACGAAAUUGAGAACGAACGACUAGAUCUUCAGCAUCACCUUUUUCUGCUCACUUUCGACGAAAGACUGCACGCAGCUCCUUUACCUAAGACCCUCAAUCGUGCAUUUGAUGCAGGCUGUGGCACUGGAAUCUGGGCCAUCGAGUUUGGUAAGUACUACAAGCCAGGGGGCAAGAAAACUUGGCACCUUUAUCCUAAGGGAUGA